UGUUCCGCUGUUGUCUCGUGAGCUUUUCUUCCGCAGUCCCCAAAUGGAUCUGUUUCUGUCUCUUCUUUCAUUCCUACUGCAUCUUUUCUCCGUAAACUGUGACACAGAUCCGGACGCGUUCGUGGACGUGAAAGUGGACCGCUACUUCAUGCCCACGCGGUGUCCCAGAGAGGUCCAGAGCGAGGAUUUUGUCCGGUACCACUUCAACGGGACUCUGCAGGCGGACGGGAAGAAGUUCGACUCUAGUCAUGACAGAAGUACAGCCAUUGUGUCCCAGGUGGGCUCUGGAAACCUGCUGACGGGUCUGGACAGAGGACUUCAGGGCAUGUGUGUGAACGAGCGGAGGCACAUCUUUGUCCCUCCUCAUCUGGCCUUCGGGACAGUCGGAGCAGGCGGCGUGAUCCCUCCCAAUGCCACGCUGGUCUAUGACGUCCUCCUUCUGGACAUCUGGAGCACGGACGAUACCGUUCAGAUCCGAACUUUAUACAAACCGGAAAAGUGCGUCCGAGCCUCGGCCACCUCAGACUUUGUGCGUUACCAUUACAACGGGACGCUCCUGACGGGACAAGCGUUUGACUCCAGUCACCGGAGGAAUGCGACCUAUGACACUUACUUGGGACAGGGCGAGCUCAUCCCCGGCAUGGAGGAGGGGCUUCUGGGGAUGUGUGUGGGCGAGAGGAGGGUGGUCAUUGUGCCUCCUUUUCUGGGAUAUGGAGAAAAUGUUUCUGGAACCACAGUGCCCCCUCAGGCCACUCUGGUGUAUGAGGUGCUGAUGAUCGAUGUGUUUAACUCCAAAGAUAAUGUCACUAUAACAGCGACGGACGUCCCAGAGCACUGCAGCCGAAGAACCAAGACUGGAGACUUCAUCCGAUACCACUACAACGGGACGUUUCAGGACGGGACCCCCUUUGACUCAAGUUACCGGAGAAACAGCACUUACAACACGUACAUUGGACUGGGCUACGUGAUCAGAGGCAUGGACCAGGCGCUCCAGGGUCUGUGCUGUGGAGAGAAAAGAAGAGUCGUCAUCCCUCCUCAUCUGGCUUAUGGAGAGAGCGGAGUGGAAAACCUCAUUCCCAGUUGGACCGUCCUGGUUUUUGACAUUCACGUCAUCGACUUCCAUAAUCCCAAAGACUCAGUGGAGAUUCGGACUGUACUGAAGCCUCCGAACUGUAAAGAGACCAGCGAGGCCAACGACUGGAUCCAGUAUCGCUACAACUGCUCUCUGAUGGACGGGACCCUGCUCUACUCCUCAGAGCAGUAUGACUCUCCCUCGGUUACGACUCUGGGGGUGAAUGCGGUGAUUUCGGGGCUGGAGACCGGCCUGAGUGGGAUGUGUGUGGGGGAGAGGAGGGAGGUGGUCAUCCCCCCUCACUGGGCCCACGGGGAAAAUGGAGCAUCGGGGGUCCCAGGAAGUGCGGUGCUGCUGUUUGAGUUGGAGCUGGUGAAGCUACAGAAGGGAGUUCCUGAUGGAUUCAUGUUUGUGUGGCUGGAUGACGGGGGCCCGGAUCCUCUGUUUCCUGCAAUGGACCUGAACGGAGACAAGCAGGUGCCUUUAGAAGAGUUUUCAGAAUUCAUCAAACUCCAAGUUCAGGAGGGCAAAGGCCGUCUGCGACCGGGAGUGGACCAAGAAAGUAUUAUAAGGGACAUGUUUUAUAAUCAGGACAGCAACAGAGACGGCAAAAUUCUAGAGGAGGAGGUACAACUCAAAGACGACACAGUCCCACAGAGAGACGAGUUUUAAAAGAUUUCAGAAAAUGGACAAAAGAUGAAGUCUUGUUGGAACUUGGACCGGUCGAGAUGUGGCCAAACUAUACCACGGAGAGUGUGAGGAAGUAACUGAAUACAGUAAAUGUGUAUUCUGAGUACAUAUUCUGAGUGUACUCCAGUCAUAGUCUGUAUAAAGAAGUGGACGGAGUGAGUGUGACGUCACCCACAGCGUUCAGUUCGAGGCUAGCAGUUAUAGUUAUAGUUCCAAAGAGCCAAUCUGGAGUGAAGCUGUUGAAGAUAACACCCGCCCCUUCCUGGAAGGGUGUGAGCGCUUAGCAACAGGUUUGAGUGACACCGUUGCUAACACUAGCCAGAUCGACCUCGGGGAAAGAAGGCAGCUGAUUUGUCUGUUAUUAAUGUUCAUAUCUUGAGUUACAGACACAAUAGUAAAAUUAAAACCCCAGGAGUCGAUGGAGCCAGAAGUGCGCUCAUAUUCACUUCCUGUCUGAAACGCGACGGCUAGCAGGUUAGCUAUGUCCAUUUAUAUAUACAGUCUAUGAUGUCGGUACAGUUACUCUUUCAUUUGGUGGUAUUCAGAAUAGAGUUACUUUAAAAUUCAAAGGAAUACAUGGUGGUACUUGAUCACAAAAUUUAAGAUUGAAACAGCACAUAACUAGAGAGAAAAAUCGAGAUGGAGAGUGCAUUUUUUCUUUAAUCAGUGAGAUGAAAUGCAGAACAAACUGAAGUAAUAAAAAUGAAUUAUCUUUAUCCUUCCAAAUGAACGACACAUAAAGAAAACUAACAUGGAGGGGGGCAAAAUUUACACAGUGGGUUUCAGAAUGAUGAGAUGCCAUAGAAAUGAACAAUUUAAAGCUAAAUAUUAUAUCUCUUGAAUGCUGAGAAGUUCUCAAAAUGUCACCUGUAACACAAUUUGCCUUUUUAACAAAAAUGCACAUAUUUUGUGUAUGUUUUUUUUUUUUUUUUACCAUUAUGGAUAUUUCUUUACAAAAACAGUGAAUUUUCAUUAGAAUAAUACAGGCCCUGCCCUCAUUACAUUUACCUUUUAUAAACUGGGCUGGACCUUUGGACAUUCCUUUAAACUGAUGUCAAGUUGAACUGAGUCUGUUGUGAAUUCUACAUUUGUGAGAUUAUUAAGCAAAUGUAUGUUACUUGAAUGUUAAUAUAAAAUACAAACAUGUUUUAUUGUAAAAAGGAAA